UAUCGACUAAUAACGAAUGAAUGACUUGUUUUGAUUCGGGCGAUGUCGUGAUUUGCCUUUCCAUCACUUUCCCUUAUGAGGACCAAUAACAAAAGAGCUUAUAUUGGCGCAGGCUGUAGCGAACGCUUGAUUUGUCCCUCUCCUCCUGCCGUAGUUCUCCGUUCGAUUUUCUCCACGUUGGCUGCGCCUGCGCAGUAUCUUUGUUCACCUGCGGGGAGAUGAGAAGCGACGACCAGAAAGACAAGACGCCGACUCGGUUAAAGUCAACGACGUACGGAAAGCGCACUUCUCUUGCGUUUGACAGCAACGGCGUGGGAACAUGUUCAAGAAACUGAAGCAAAAAAUAAACGAGGAGCAGUCACCCCAGAGGAAUGCCCAACCUCAACAGCAGCUCCAGCAGCAGGCCCAGGUGGGGCCCCGGGACCCGCCCUCUCGAGCUGCCUCCCUUCUACAAGAUGACAGCCCUCCUGCGCCCACUGACCGAGAGCUGCUGGCUGGGAUGAUAGCUGAGCCGGCCUUUCUCUCUGAGUACACUAUCUUUGCUCUGGACCAUUCCAAACGACCCACAGCCGCUGAGGUGGUCGCUGCGACCACCAGCAAGGGGGCAGGUCAGACUACGCCACCCAGAGGCAGCGUGAAUGGAGACGACAGCACCUCGCCACAGAAGCAGGAGUCGCUGGCACAGAAGCUGCAGCUGAGGGUGUCUUCCAUGGAGUCCCUGUUCCGCUCCCCCGGCAAAGCUGAUGGGCUGAUGCGCACCCCCUCGCGCGAGAGCCUCGUGCGGAGCUCGUCCCGCGACUCGCUUACCCGGCUCGAGAGCGAGUCUUUGGGCGUCACCCCCUCCUACGACCCCCCGUCUGACAUUGAGAGCGAGGCGGAGGACAUGCCAGGCAAUUCUGACACCUUGUCCAAAGAACAGUUGCUUCAUCGCCUGCACCGGGUGGACAGGAGCCUGGCAAACUACAGGGGGAAGUACUCAGAGCUGGUCACUGCUUACCGUACCAUUCAGAGGGAGAAGGAGAAGACUCAGGUUAUUCUGAGUCAAAGUCAAGACAAGGCUUUGCGCAGAAUUGGCGAGCUGAGAGAGGAACUGCAGAUGGACCAGCAGGCCAAAAAACAUCUACAGGAGGAGUUUGAUGCUGCCUUGGAGGAAAAGGACCAGCUGAUCACUGUGUUGCAGACCCAGGUUGCUCUGAUGAAGAAGCGUAUGCAGGGCAUCCCAGUGGAGGGGGUGCCUCCUGAAAGUGACAUAGCACAGCCUGAGGGCUCACAGGAGACCAGUUCGCCUGAAAGCUCAUGCUCAAAUGAGGCAGGUGGCGGCAACGUCCCGGUGGAGGCGCUGCAGCAACGUAUACGCAGGCAGGAAAAUCUGCUGCAGAAGUGCAAGGAGCUGCUGCGCAGUCAGAAGGAGCGCAGCACGCAGCUGGGCAGUGAAAACGAAGCGCUGCAGCAGCAGCUGCAAGAGAGGCUGCAGGAGCUGGAGAAGAUGAAGGAGCUGCAUACGACUGAGAAGACCCGGCUCAUCACACAGCUGCGCGAUGCCAAGAACCUCAUCGAGCAGCUGGAGCAGGACAAGGGCAUGGUGAUCGCCGAGACGAAGAGGCAGAUGCAUGAAACUCUGGAGAUGAAGGAGGAAGAAGUGGCCCAGCUGAGGGCCCGGAUCCAGCAGGCUAUAGCUGAGAAAGAGGAACUGCAGGAGCAACGUGAGAAGUCUGAGAGGGCUGCUUUUGAAGAGUUGGAACGGGCUCUGGGUGUGGCGCAGAGGGCGGAGGAAGCACGCAGGCAGCUGCAGGCCAAGACGGAGGAACAGAUGAAGCAGGUGGAGCGCACCAGCGAGGAAGAGAGGAGGAGUUUGCAGCAGGAACUGACUCGUGUUAAGCAGGAGGUGGUGCAAAUCAUGAAGACGUCAUCAGAGGAGCGUGUAGCUGAGCUGGAGAAGUCGCAUGCACAGGUUUUGGCCAGAAAGGAGCAAGAACUGGAUGAUCGAAUGAAGCAGCAAGACAUUCAGUUUCAGGAACAACUAAACCAGGCCUUGGAAAAGUGCCAGACAGAGCUGACUCAGGCCAUGCAGGAGCGAGACCAGCAGACGGCCCUGGCGCUGGAGGAAGCCGAGCUCCAGAAAGCCGCGGUGCAGUCGGAGAGAGAUGGUCAAGUCCAGGAGCUGCAGCAGGAGCUGGAGGCUUCUCGCACAAGAAUCCUGGAGCUGAAAAGUUCUCUACCAAAAACCCAUCAGGAUGGAGCAGAUUCACCUGUGGAGAUAGCAACCCAAACAGAGGAGGAGAACAGCAAACCUGAAGAGGAGUAUCAGGCUCAGGAAGCAAAGCACCAAGAGGACCUAGUACUUAUUCGAGAACAGUGCCUCACUGAGGUCAAGAAACUGCAAGAGCAGCACCAAGUAGAAAUGGAGGCUGCCCUGAAGGAGAAGGAAGUGCAGUUUCAUACGCAUGUAGAGGACAUGAACCUGAGGACACUCGAGAAGCUAGAUGUGAAACAGACAGAGCUGGAGGCCCUGGCAAAUGAGCUUAAUGAGGUACUGAGGAGCAAACAUGUUUUGGAGGAACAACUUGUGUCCUGCAGGGCUGAAGUUAACACUGUCAGGCAAAAGUUUGAGGAGGAGAUUCAGGAGGAACGGUCUAGGUACCAGGGAGAGAUUGAAUGCAUUCAGUCUGCACAUGAGCAGUCCCUAGGUGGUGUGGAAAAGACACUGAAGGAGGAACUUAACAAGCUCAAGCUGGUCGUAGAGGAGAAAGAGAAAGGAUUGGAGGAGCAGCUGAAGAAAGAACAGAAUCUGAAGGAGGCCACAGAAAAGGCUUUACAGGAAGGAAAGGAUAGGCUAGAUCAGCUGGCUGCCUCUCACCAGCAAGAGAUGAAAGAUCUGCAAGAACACACUAGUUCUGUGGAAGUGGCACAGAGAGCAAGCACACUGGAAAUGGAAGAUCUGAGACAGAGGCUUCAGAAGGCUCAGGAAGAGAAAGAUAGCUUGCUAGAAGUUAGCGCUCAGCAGGGAGAAGUUACAGUAGAGUUGUCAAGCUGCAGAAGUCGCAUAAAAGAGCUGGAGCUGCAACUACAGAACACACUGAAUGCUUCUGAGCAGAAGACAGAGGACCUUCUUCAAAAGCACUCUACAGAUCAGAAAGUGCUGGUGCAACAACUGGAACAGGUUAAGAAGGAACUCUGUGUUCAAGAACAGACAUUCAAUGAAUUGUUGGCUAAGCAACAACAGGAGGAGCAGCAGAUGAGGAAGAGGAUUGGUGAUGAGAGGGCUGCUCUUGAGAAGACACUAGAGAAUGUAAAGAAAGAGAUGGAGGACAAAUUGAAAGUGCAGGAGACCAAGACUGAGAAGAUCAAACAGAAGGCCAAAGACAUGAAUGAGAAGAUGAAGAAGAAAAUUCAAGAGCAGGAAGAAAAAUUCAAAAAGGAGCUAGAGAAGAAAGAUCGAGAGUUGACUGAAAAGGACAAGCAGGUCAAGGAGAAAAUCCUGGAGAUGGCCCAGGUGAACUCUGCGGAUAUUAGCGACACUGUCAUGCAGUUGGAGGCCACCCAUAAGGAACAGAUGGAGAGACUUCGAGAUGCACUGAAGAAGGAGCAGGAGGAUCUGUCACAGAGCUGGCAGAGGAAGAUGUGCCAACAGGAAGAACUGCAGGAAAAGCUACAGAGCCUGACACAAGAGGUGGUUGAGGUGACUCAGCAGCUUGUAACCAGCAGAGAUGAGAAGGAAGAAUUGCAUCAGAAUAUUAAAAAUCUCAGGGAGGAGCUUGCAAUGAGAGAGACCACUGUGCAGAAAUUACAGGCAGAGCUCAAGGAAGCAGCUACCAAGCUAGAAAGUUUGUCAGGAAGUGAAAUGAUGCUGAAAGAGCAAGUAGAAGCCAUAGAGAAAAACCUAAACCAGGCUCUUACCGAAAGGAACUCAUUUCAGGAUCAGCUAAGUAAAACCGAAGAGGAAAACAGGGAAAAACUGCAAACACUGUCAAAGGAGUUAGAAGAAACUCAGAGCAAAAUGCAGGUCCUUGAAGUUUCUAACAAAGAAAGUGGAGACUGGCAAAAGAGACUUGAAAAGUGUGCUCUUCAAAUGCAAGUUAAGGAAGACGACUUCAGAAACCAGAUAAAUUUAGUGCACACACAGUUAACACUACUCUGUGGUGAGGUGCAAAUGAAGAUGAAUGGCACUGCUAAUGACCUGUGUGACCAAGUGGAGGGUCGGCUUGGUGCCUUGAAAGAUAGAGUUAUCUGUGGUCAGAAACGAGUGGAACAACUCAGAAGCACCAUCCUGACCAGGACUGUCAAAAUGAGCUCUUUGGAGGAGCAGCUUCAGCAAAAGUCACAGGAGAUCAGGCGUUUAAGUGACUCCCUUGAGCAGAUGACAUCCCAGAUAAAUGUAAAUGCAGAACACAUAAGCGCCGUAACUGCAGAAAAUCAGACUCUACAAAAAGACUUGCAGAUGCUUGCUGAGAAAGAUUUGUGCAUUGACCAGCUUAGAAAGGACAAUGUAAGCAUCUCUGAGACUCUUAAAGGAAACAACCUGCAUAUUAGCAGUUUGGAAGGUAUAAUAAAUGAUUUAAAGAACCAACUUCAAAACAGUGUAGCAGGAAAAGAUGAACUUAUAUCUUCGUUGAAUCAUGAGCACAAGGAGCAACAGCAGAAGCUGUUGAACGAUAUGGAGGAGACUGUCAAGGCCCUAAGUUCAGAGAAAGCCGCUGCCCUCGAACAGGCAGAACAAUACAAGAACAAGGCAUCCGAGAUCAAGAAAAAAGUGGAGGCCCGCUUCACCCAGAACCACAACAUGGUCAAGUCCCUUCAGGCUAAGCUGGAAGACAUGGAGAAAGAAAUCACAGAGAAGGACAAGCAGCUGGAGAAACUGACAGCCAUCAUCGAUCAGCAGUCUGUCAGCAAGUCUGAGAUGGACCAGAGCCUAAGUGAGAAAGAACAGCGACUCAGUGCCCUGACUGCAGAGCUGGCAGGGUGCAGGAGCCGAGCGAGUGAGCUGGAGGAACAGGUGGCUGUGCGUGAACGUGAGCAGAGGGAGCUUGAAGAGCGACUACAGCAAGCCCAAGUUCAGGCGGCCCAAAUCCGGAGCCAGGACCAACAGGCUCAGGAGCAUUUGCAGUCUUUGGCACUGGAGAAUGAGACCACCAGGCAAGAACUGGAGAAGCAGAAGGAUGACUUUGAAAGAGUGAAGGCAGAGAUCCUUAGGAGCAAAGAGGAGGCUCUUAAGGCAGCCGAUGAACGCUUAGCCUCUGAGAGUGCGAGUAAAUUGGCAGAGUUGAAGAAAAAAGCAGAGCAGAAGAUUAGCCAAGUACGCAAGCAACUGACUGCACAGGUAGAGGUGAAGGAGCAGAUUCUAAAGAACGUGCAGAGUCAGUUGGAGGAGAAGGAUCAGGCAUUCAAAGCCUUGGAGAAACAGCUAGAAGAUCUCAAAAAAGAUGUGGAGGAAAGAGAACUUUCCACUAAAAGUCUAGAGGAGAAAGUCCAGUUUCUUGAAGGUGCUUUAAGUAAGGGGAAGGUUGAAGCAGAACACCAGGUGGAGCAGGUGAAGAAUGAUGAGCGACGGGAUAAGGAGAGCUCUCUGCACCUGCUGAAGGAGGCGUAUGAACAGAAAAUAACUACACUUGAGGGAGAAGUAGCCAACCAGAAAGAGGCUUUGCAAACACUUCAAGAAAAGGAAAGGGAAAAAGUAUCCAUUCAUGAAGAAGUUAAUUGCAAGCUUAUGGAGGCGGUGAACAAGCUCAAGCAAGCAGAAGAGGAGAAGAUAAGCUUUCAGGCUGAAGUGGACAAACUAAAUGUGGAUUUAGCUGCCCAGAUUGCACUAGCAGAAGUCUUUUCAGACUUACAAGGACAAGUUCAGGAGAAAGAAAGAAAGAUCAUGGAACUAGAGAGUUGUUUAAGGGAACUGAAGAACUUAAUGGACACAGACUCUAGCGAACACAUCGUAGCAUUGAAGGUGGAGGAGGGCCAGGCUUGUCUAGCUGAAGGACCAGAAAACAAAGGGUGUUUGCAGGGCUCUUUGGUGGAGGAGUGUAAGCAGAAGCUGCAGGGGAUGGGUAUGAGGUUAAGGGAGAGUGAGGCUCUGCUUAGGGAACAUAAGCAGAGAUCAGCUGCUGUGAUGGCAGCUGGCCCAAGCCCUGAUGGGCUCUGUGAAGAGACCAGGACUGUGCAAGGAGAGCUUCAUUGCAAACCCAAUGAGGCAGAUAGCGAAAAGCAGAAGCUCCACAAGGACCUGGCCCGGCUUCAAAAGGACCUUCGCUCUCUCCGGAAGGAGCAUGAGCAAGAACUAGAGCUGGUAAAGCAGGAGAUGGCAGAGGAGUGCAAAAAGGACCACAAGAUGGAGCUAGAAGAUAUGGAGAUGCAGCACAACUCGCGUCUCAAGCAGCUGUUGAGAGAAUACAAUACCCAGAUGGCGAAGAAGGAGCAGGAGCUGGAGUCAGCGGUCAGAGAAGCCAUAGGGAAGGCACAGGAAGUGGAGGCAGAGCUGAUUGAGAGCCAUAGGGACGAAACCAGCCAGCUACGUAAGACAAUCACCCAGAAGGAAGAGGACCUCACCAGGACAGUGAAUAGAUACGAGGAGAUCCUGCAGAACCGUGAAGAGGAGAUGGGGGCACGAGUGUGGGAGAUACAGAAGGAGCUGGAUGAGUUCCAACAGAGAAUCCAGAACAGCGAACAGGGCUCCCCGGCAGAUCUGCAGGCACAGCUGGCUCAGAAGACCACUCUACUCAGUGAGGCCAGGCUGAAGGAGCAGGAGUACCAGGAGAAGAUCCACUCUCUGGAAGACCGGCUGAGGUGUCUACAUAAGAAUUCUGUUGUAACUCAUCUGGGGACGAUGCGCCGAGAUGCUGGACACUAUAGUUCAGAUGCCUUUUCCGAGCCCACAGAGUUUGAGUACUUGAGGAAGGUGAUGUUUGAGUACAUGAUGGGCCGGGAAACUAAGACGAUGGCUAAAGUCAUAACCUCCGUGCUGAAGUUCCCCCCUGAUCAGGCCCAGAAGAUUCUGGAGAAGGAGGAUUCCCGAACCCUUUUCAGCUCUGCCUCUGGGGGUAUAUUCUGAGGGCAGCCCAAGACUAGGCAGGGCUAUUGUGGCGCCAUGGCUGCGCUGAGGUGUGGACGGUGGAUAGACGCUGACCCAGUGACUGCUGCUGAAUGACUGCCGGAGCUACAAGAGGAAGCAGUACGGCUGCGUGUGUGUGUGUGUGUGUGUGUGUGUGUGUGUGUGUGUGUGUGUGUGUGUGUGUGUGUGUGUGUGUGUGUGUGUGUGUGUGUGUGUGUGUGUGUGUGUGUGUGUGUGUGUGUGUGUGUGUGUGUGUGUGUGUGUGUGUUCAGGUAAUGGUACAGCACACAGAACUGAUCAUUCACCAGAGGGAGAGAUUCUUCAUAUCUAGUUCAAUACAAAGAAUAGUGUGUGUUAUUUAUGCUGAAUUUCUCAUUUGUCUGGUUUUCUUGUUUGAUUUUUUUUUCUUUUUUGUCCUUUUAAAGAAUGAAUCACAUGUGCAAUAAAUUCAAUCCUGUGUGUGUUGUCUUACUUCCUGUGUCCCAUCUUUCUAUUUUUAUUUCUAUGUGUGUGUACUCAGUUUCCUGCCUGUAUCCUGAUCACGUCACUGAAUUGGCCUAUAAACCGUAAACUCCUGGCGCUUUUCAGCUCUGAUUGGUGAAUGGGCCAUAGAUCCUUCACUGUUUACUAAAGCUUUUCUACUUUAUAUUUUCUGGUUAUUAGAAAAUGCAUACUGUAAAUUGUAAAUAAGUCAUUAAAUUCUGUACUAUAGAGCAUAUUGUGGCUGUUGCUAUAUUAAUACAUUUUUAAAUGGGCUAAUAAAGUUUUAUUUACAGUACAUAAGA